AGGUUGAGGACGAUGGCAAGGCUCAUGUCUUCCGCGUCGUGCUCGUUGUCCUUCCUCUGUACGAGCCUUGUCGUCUCCUCGAUGACGACGGCUAAAUUGAGGGUGAUGCUGAUGAUGAUGACGGCUAUGGCGGCCGCCACGGUCGCCGUGGCCACCGCCGCGCAGACGACGCAGGCCGAUCUCGUGAAAGCGGUGACGUCAACAUGCUCUCUGGUGGUGACCUCUGACAUAUUGUUGACGUCAAACCUUCCGGAUGUGAAUUCGUCGGCUUGUCCGGAGGUGAAGAUCGUCGGCGGCUGCGGACAGGGCCGGUGCAAGAUCGACGGCGCAGACAAGUACACCUUCAUUCGAUUUCCUCGACGCGUUCAUCUAGAGAACCUACACAUCACAAGAAUGCGGUGCGCCGGUCAAGAUAACUCUCCUGUGGUAUUUAAGCCCGGGACCCUUUUCAUGAAGAACUGCCUUGUCUCUAGCAAUGUCAAUCCUGAAGACACCGGCGGCAUCAGCAUUUGGGAAGGCAGUUUAGACAUUCAAUCUACCACCUUCGAAUCAAACACCGGAAGUAGCGGGGGUGCCAUUCUUCUUGACUCCUUUGCUACUCUCAAGGCAACCAACGUGAUCUUUCGGAACAACAAAGGCGUGGAAGGAGGGGCAAUCAAGAACGUGGAGAGUGAUAUACAGUGCGAUCGAUGCCAGUUUCUUAACAACGAAGCUGGCGAUGGCGGGGCCGUUUACCUAACGGACGAAGACGGAACGGAGGCGACCUUCAGGAGCACAGUAUUCCAAGGCAACCGUGCCACGAAGGUGGGAGGACAGGGAGGCGCUGUCUUCAUUGAUAACAUCGACCCAGGGGUUAAGUUCUGCUACAGCACGUUCUCUAGGAACACAGCCGUCUCUGCUGCAAGCGGUAGGCAGAUUGAUAACAACGUGUACGUAGGGAUAGAACCUGAAAACUUCGGUGAUGUCACGUUCUGCCCAAGUAUACCGCCGGCUGUGGUCAUCCGCCCUGGUUCGGAACCGUUAGUGACCGUUAACUGCACCGUCUGUUAGUGCAUAUACUCGCAGACUCUGAGGGGCGAGUUUCUGGACGGGAAUCCGGCCAGAAAAACGGGUAGAUGCAUGCUGAAAUGUAGUGGAGG